GUGUGUGCAGAUGUUCCUGCAGUGAUGGCUCAGCAGGUGAAGGUAGCAGCAGCCGCAGAGCUCUACUCUGACAUGGAGACUGUCAGCUCCACUGCAGAUAUAGGAGAGUCGCUGAGGAAGGGCUCUUUGUGUGAGACCUCCAUGGGGGUCGGCUUGGGCAGGCGGAGCCGGGCCUACCCCUCCCCGGCCCGGAGACGACACCGCACCACCUUCAGCCACAAGCAGCUGGAACAUCUGGAGGUGGCCUUUGGACAAAACCAGUAUCCUGACAUCUACUACAGAGAGGAGCUGGCUCGUGUUACCAAGCUCAACGAGGCUCGCAUACAGGUUUGGUUUCAGAACAGAAGAGCCAAGCAGAGGAAGCAGGAGCGAGCCUCCCACAAGGUUCUCCCUGUGGGUAGGAUGUCGGGCCACAGGGCGCUGCUGGGGGGGAUGCAGGUCCAGCCCCCCACCAUGGCCCGGCAGUACUACACCCAGUCCCUGGCUCACAUCCCCCGCCUCCCCCCUAUGCUGCCCUCCGGGGCGUACCCCUGCCACCCGGGCCAAUGUCCCUGCCCCAUUGUCCCAUCACAGCCAGCCCCCCCGCGGCAGCAUGAGGACUGGUACAGCCCGCUGAGGGGCAACCUCCCCUCCCCCAUGUUCACCCUGGCCUCCAUGCAGCCUCUGGACCCCGCCUCACACUGGAGCUGAGAAGUAACAUACCUAUAAAGCCAAAUAUUACAUUAAAAUAACUUUUAGACAAUUCAGUGAUCGUCAUAAUUUAACGGGAAACUCAUUUCAUUUUCACAUCAUAUCAAAAGUCGGAAGUUUCAAAUAGCCUUAAAUGUGUAGAAUAGUAUCAAAAUCUGAACCUGAAGUGGUAAAAUGCUAACUCAUUUCUGGCUUUGGGACUCAUUCCUGCACCAUUCUAUUUCUUUCACAAUAUGUUCAGCCAUUACAUGUUCAUCCUUACCAUGUUUUAAGUUAUGUAUAGCACAUAAUGUGAAACUUGAUUUUUUAAAAACCCUUUUUAGUCAAUCUGACAAUAAAGGUAAUUUUUCUCGAGUGCCUUUUAAACGUGAUUUCAUGAAUGCAACGUGGUAGGAAUUCCUUUACCAUAAUCUAAUUUAAAAAAAACACAUGUGAAAUUCUUUAGAUGAUACUUUUUAAUAUCUCA